CUUAAAUAAUACGCCCCCAGAGACAUAAGGCGUCGUAACACUGACAGCGUUAUGCUACACAGUCUGAUCGAUGGAUAGACCCGUGCUACAAAACAUCCCGAAGACUGGAAUUAACCAAAUGUACCUAAACUCCUAUUACCGUGUAAAAUAAAGUAAACAACGGAAUACGUGUGAUGAAAUUAUUGGGUGUUAAAUCGUCGGGAAACGGUUUUCCGUUUCACUGUGUGGCGUGGCAGGCUGGGCUGGAUCUGUGUGUGGAUCACCUCCAAACUAAAUCAGUACCAGGACGCGUGUAAAUGAUUGGUUUUAAAUACCGUAACACACUAGUUAGUUAACGUUACUUCCAACUGCAAACAUGGAGACUAAACUUAAGACUGCAGCUCAGACUGCUCUGGACUUGGAGCGAGAAAGACAGUAUUGUGAACUUUGUGGGAAAAUGGAGAAUCUCCUUAAGUGCGGCCGCUGCCGAAACUCGUUCUACUGCAGCAAGGAGCACCAGAAGCAGCACUGGAAAAUGCACAAGGUGAACUGUAAAGAAUCCGAGGAAAACCCGCAGGUUUCUAAACAGAAGCCUGCUGAACCUCCGGUACCGUCUGGGGGGGUAAAGGGACAGACACCGCAACUAAAGACACGCGUCCAACCCGAUAACACCGCAUCUCCGAGAGGAGAGACUAGAAUGAAAGGUUUUAUAACUAACGCAGAGUGCGCUGGGUCGUCGCUCGGUAAACCGGGCGGGUCGAAUACCAAACCUAACGGACAGACCAGCACCCGGUCCACGCCUCAGAACCUCGCCAUUGAGUACAUCGUCCCGUGUAUGAUUAAGCAUGGGAUAUGUGUUGUUGACAACUUCCUCGGCGGUGAAACGGGGCAGGCCAUCUUGGAAGACGUCAAAUUGUUGCAUAAAACCGGGAAGUUUACCGACGGUCAGUUGGUCAGUCAGAAAACGGACUCCACUAAAGAUAUUCGAGGAGAUAAGAUCACAUGGAUUGAGGGCCGAGAGGCCGGAUGUGAGAAGAUCUGCUUCCUCAUGAGCCGGAUGGAUGAUCUGGUCAGACAUUGUAAUGGUCAGCUGGGGAACUUUACAAUAAAUGGAAGGACUAAAGCGAUGGUGGCGUGUUACCCAGGCAACGGGACCGGAUACGUACGCCAUGUGGACAACCCGAACGGAGACGGGCGAUGUGUCACCUGUAUAUACUACCUAAAUAAAGACUGGGACACCAAGGAACAUGGGGGUGUUCUGCGUAUCUUCCCAGAGGGUAAAUCUCAGUUCGCCGACAUCGAGCCUAAGUUUGACCGGUUGCUGUUUUUCUGGUCAGACAGACGGAACCCACACGAGGUCCAGCCCGCCCACGCUAUCAGGUAUGCCAUCACAGUGUGGUAUUUUGAUGCUGAUGAACGAGCCAGGGCUAAAGAGAAAUACCUAACAGGAGCUGGAGAGAAAGGAGUAAAGGUGGAACUGAACAAACCAUCAGACCCCAGCUAGUGGGAGAGGAGGAGAGAAGCGGAGAGGGGGUAGAAGGGAAGAGAGAGGGGAGAGGAGACACCCCAUCUACCAGCCAAGACCCCCCACCUCCCACCAUGAAGUGCUAUGCCCUGAGAGAGAGAGAGAGGCCUAAACCAAGAGAGAGAGAGGGUGUGUGUGCGUAUGUGACAGAAUGACAGACAGAGAGAGAGAGGGAGAGAGAGGGGGAGAAAGAGAGAGGGAGAGAGAGAGAGAGGGAGAGGGAGGGAGGGAGAGAGAGAGAGAGAGAGAGAGAGGGUGUGUGUGCGUAUGUGACAGAACGACAGACAGAGAGAGAGGGAGACAGGGAGGGAGAGAGGGGGGGAGAGAGAAAGAGAGAGAGAGAGGGAGAGAGGGAGAGAGAGAGAGAGAGAGAGAGAGAGAGGGUGUGUGGAAGAUGAUUUCUUGUUCUUUACGUUUUCUGGAGCUCUACGGGUGGACUGAUUCCUCAACUGACCUUGAACGUCAUGACGUCACAGUACUGCAAGGAGAGACUGUCCCUUCUUUGCUUGUGGCCCAAAGAGGACCCUAUUUCAUACGUAGUGCACUAGUGACCAAAAUACAUGCUCAAUGGAGAAUGUCCAUUGAACUAGCUUUUUAUUCCAGGACUAAGCUAUGGGCCCUGGUCAAAUGUAGUGCACUAUGUAGGGGAAACGGUUCCAUUUGGGACAAAGUCUGUGGCUUUUUGGUGAAGACAAUGCUGAGACAAAAGAAGCUGACAUUUAGAGAACGCUUUGAGCUUCAGGAACCAACCGAUCCCCUGAGAGACUGUCAUUCUGUUGUCUUUUACCAUGUUCUGGUGUUGAGCUUCAGGAACCAACCGAUCCCCUGAGAGACUGUCAUUCUGUUGUCUUUUACCAUGUCUGGUGUUGAGCUUCAGGAACCAACAGAUCCCCUGAGAGACUGUCAUUCUGUUGUCUUUUACCAUGUUCUGGUUUUGUGGUUGAUUCCUUAAAGGUACAGAGUCCAUACUGACGAACUCUGAGUUAACCGUAUUGCGAGUGCGUCUCGGUAGCAAGGCUUCUAAUUGGGACAGCUAACUUAGUUUUAAAAGGUUUAAGCAGAAGGUUCAUUCAGAGUUCGUAAGUAUGGACCCACAGUGUUUUGCAUACACUUGUUGUGUUGAUGCUGUUUACAUGGAAUAAGCUGUUUUAAGCUUUUUGUUUAAUGAGCUUGUGGAGGUUUUUUAAUAAAAUGAGGAGAGGUCUCAAUUAAAAUAGUUUUUGAUUAACAUGAGAGAUUUCAAUUAAAAAUGUUUUUGAUAACAUGAGGAAAGAUCUCAUUUUUAUAGGUUUUUGAUAACAAGAAGAGAUCUCAUUUUUAAUGGUUUUUGAUAACGUGAGGAGAGAUUUCAAUUAAAAAUGUUUUUGAUAACAUGAGGAGAGAUCUCAUUUUUAAAGGUUUUUGAUUAACAUGAGGAGAGAUCUCAAUAAAAAAAUAAUUCUGACAGUA